UAAACGCUGUAUAAAAGGCUCAUGUAAAUUGGAUCAGCGUCAGUUCAUUCCCAACAUCCAGAACAUCCAGAAUGUAUUCCAAAGUGUUUGCUGUGCUCGCAGUUGCGUCGUUCGCCAGCGCCAACGACCUACACGAAGGCUAUAAUGGCACCACGAGCCUUAAACCAAUCUUCCAAGGGCACUACGCAGGUGAUUGGAAGACUGCCGUAAGGCCUGGGAUGGAUAUCUUCGUCAACACCAGUGGCCUCAUAACUGGGAUCAAUGUGACAGAUCUCCGGGACGGCAAGGACGGCGUAGCAAGCAUUGCCAGCGGCGGAAUCGGACACGACAACGUCACUAUUUCUCUCAAGAGCCCCAACAUUCUCAGAGGGUACGAUUUCCUGGUUGAAGUUUAUGCUGACGAAGAGACAACCAAGACAAAUGAGAGGGGCAACCGUGAUGUCCAAGAAUCCAAGUACCCUGAGCAGAAGCCGUCCCAAACUGUCUCUACUAGCACUACUGGCAAGCCUACAGACCAGCAGCAACAGCAAGCAACCUUCUCUACAACUGGCAAGGCAAGUGAGCAGCAACAGCAAGGAACUGUCCCUACAGGCAAGCCUCCAGGCCCGCAGGAACACCAAGUAACUAUCCCUACUACUGGCAGGCCCACAGGCCAGCAAGAACAACAUCAGCAAGGAACUGUCCCUACUGACAAGCCCACAGCCCAACAGCCACAGCAUCAGCACGUAACUGUCCCAACCACAGAUACACCCACAACACAACCUAACACACCCGCGCCUAAGCAGGAGCUGGAAAUUCCUCCGGAAUUUAAACAGCCGAAGAUUGGCUUCCAAACUGAAGAACAAAAUUGAAAAUUUAGAUAUUUUGUGAUUUAUUGAAAUAUUUAAAAUGUAAUGUGAUGAUCCUCGAAACGGAUCGAAUUAAGUAUUCGAUAUUCGACCUUAAUUACGUAAGUGACCAGUUUUAAAUAUUUCAAUCUGUCUAAACUUAGUACCCUGUGAUUAUUACGUUGGUGCAAGCCAAUGUUAUAAGGCUUUAUCACACGGCCGUGACAUCCAUCUUAUCUAUGACACGCCGCAUAAUUUUAUUACAUAUACAUACUAGAAAUAUUUUAUUAUUAUAACGCAUUUGUUAAAGAGUAACAUUGAAGGUCUACAAAUGGCGUAUUAAGAAUAUUUUACUUUUUUUACAUUUGCAUUUACAACUCGACUUUACGCCAGUUAGACGUUCAAAAUUAACUUUGUUUAUUACAAUUUUAGUUAAAUUUGCUUAUGCUUCGAGUACCUAUACAGUUUUUAGAUUUUUUCCAAUAAACAAAGUAUGUAUGUUAGUUAAUUUGCAAUAAGAAUGAUAAAUAAUGAUUUGCUUGCACUUUUGAUUGACUGAUUUAUUUAGCAUCAAUAAAACAAUGUUUUCCAUAUUAUUGGAUGUAUUUUAAUUUUUGUACUCUGUUAUUAGCUUUAAUAGAAUUAUAAUAAAACAAUAACAUAAAACAA